UACGUGAAUCUUAAACCUGCUGCAUCCUGGGUUUGCACGGAUGUCGGUUUACUGUUUUGCCACUGGUCUUCCUUAAGUUUGACUGCUCCAGUUUGAGUGCUCACCAUGAUGCCUCAUUCUAGAGUAAGACUUGGUUAACCAUUAUUUGUUUUCCACGAUCUAGACAUGUCAGGUUUGCUGAAAUUUGGUCUUUUCUUGUGUAUGCUAGCCUUUAAAUGGGAAAUCAAGAUAAUGCCGCAUAUGUUUUUGUUCUUGAUUUGAAAGACACAACUUCUUUCAUGGUUCCACCACCAGUCUGAACUGUUCAACAGCAAUGACGGGGUGUGUGAGCUGUACUGGCUCUCCCCAAGACAUUGGUACUCCUGAAAUGGUGCUUCGAUGUGAAUCUCCAUAUAAUUUUUUUACCUCUGCUUAUUCUGGGGCAUAACUUGAAAUAACUGAUGCCUACUCAGUGUGGAAGUUGCUGCGGUGAGAACCGAGAGCAUUUCAGGAGUACCGGCGUAGACAUCAGUUAACUUAUCUUGCGGCAUUUCUGUGCCUCUGGAGUUCAUUCUGCAGCACUUCGGUUGUUUGUUCUUGUCUUAGUAUACGGGAGGUUAUCUGUUUGAGUCGCCACGGCGCCUAUCUUUUUUUUUCCGUGAAUAGGCAUCACACAUUGCUGUGAUACUUGUUCUUCUUGGCCUUUGCCUGAGUUAGAACCAUGAGCUGCAGAUGUUGUUUUUCCAUCUUUGUUAAACUUGAUAAGUACUCUAGACUCUUAUAAUAUCAUCAUUCAAUUGAUUUGUUGCAUGCUCCUGUCUCCGUAUGAUCUAUGGGCAUUAAGGUGUCUGUUCUUGCACUACCGUACCCGAAAAAUGUGUCGCCUGGAAACUGUAUGACAUUGUCUUGAGUUUAUAUAUAUCCACAGUUCAGUAAACUGAACUUAUAUGAUUCUGUUCAAGUCUGACAACGUCAUCGAAAAGUUCAGGCAUCGUUGGAAAGUGUUCAUGUAUUUGAAAAAAAAAAUGCGAAUUCAAAAAGUUGUUAAUGAUUUGUAAAAAGUUUGAAAAAACAAUUCAUGGAUUUGAAUUUUUUUUUGUGAUUUUAAAAAAGUUAACAGAUUUGAAAAACGUUCGCGGAUUUGCACGAGCUUGAUUUUUUUUCGAAUUUGAAAAGGAGGAAAGCAGAGCAAAAACGAAAAACCUGAAAAGAAAAAGGAAAAUGAAAAAAAAAACGGCUCAGGGAAGGUUCUAGAACCUUCUGAAAGCCGGCAGGGAUGAAAACCGGAAUAGGCCGGCCCAUAUAGCGCAGGGCGCUCGUGUCCCAUUGGGCCUAGAUCUCCGGACGUGGCAACAGAAAAGCUUGGAAAACCUCGUCUCCUCGUCAGAUUCGUUGCCCGCCGUUGGUUCAGAUUCGUCGCACAAAGGAAGCCGAGGAUUUUAGCCGCCACUGCCCUCAAAACUUGAAUCCGAUCACCCGGAAAAACUCGUCUUCCCUGAGGCUCCGCCACACGUCUACCGGCGACAGGUUUCAACUGCCCUUCCGCCGGUGGCUGCAAGAAAUCCAGUUUUGCCGGCCAUGGAAAAUUCAAGCGAGGCGACCAUCAGCGCUGCAAGUAACGCUCUACUUCCGAUGAUGAGUUUGGACGAGAGGUUCACAAUAAUCAGGAGCAUCGGGCUGGAGAGCGCCGACGAGGACGAGCUCAGGGUGCUUCUGGAGAGGAAGGCCGCCCCUAUCUGCUACGUCUGGUGCGACCCCUCCCCAUGGGUACACAUCGCCCAGGGGAUCAUGAUGGUGUUCAACGUCAACAAGCUCAUCAAAGCCGGCUGCAGGGUCAAGAUCCUGAUGGCAGAUUGGUUUGCUCAUAUUCUCCGCAAAUCCGACGACCUAAGUAAGAUCCAGGCCAUCGGACGCUACAUGAUCGAGAUAUGGAAGGCGGCAGGCCUGGAUCUCGACGGGGUGGAGUUCGUGUGGCUGUCGGACGAAAUCAACGGCCCGGCCUCCGGCGAGUACUGGGCGCUUCUCAUGGACGUUGCCAGAAACAACACCUUGAGGAGGACGGUGAGGUGCUGCGGCCUCGCGGAACCGCCCAUGGAGUACCGAGAGCUUGUCAAGCCGCAUGAACGGGGCGAUGUGGUGGGCGCGAGGGUCGUCCACACCUGCAUGCAGUGUGCGGCCGUGUUGUUCCAGAAGGCGGACAUAUGGCUGCUGUCCAUGGAUCAUGAGGAGGGCCAGCCGGAUGUCGGCACGCUCACCAGAGAGUACUGCAGAGACAUGAAAGGUGAAGAUCAUGGACCUAUUAUUCUGUCCCAUCAUAAGCUCCCCAAUUUGAUUUUGGACCAUGAACAUGCUAGGAUACAAGAUCCAAUGUUUGGCAUCUUCAUGGAAGACGAGGAGCGAGAUGUACCCGUGAAAAUAAGGCACGCUCACUGUCCUGCGGAAGUUGCAGAAGGCAACCCAUGCCUGGAGUACAUCAAACAUAUUGUGCUUCCAUGGUUUGGAUGCUUUGAGGUGCCUGGCAAGGAAGAGAACUGUAGUGGCACUAGCAGGACGUUUCAGAAGAUGGAGGAGCUUAUCGCUGAUUACGAAAGCGGCACUCUGCAUCCCACCGAGGUGAAGCUGGCCCUUACAAUGGCGCUAAACAAGAUUAUGAAUACUGUGCGUCGCCACUUCACCGACGACGGUAAAGCCAGAGAUCUGAAGCAAGCUAUGAAGGUGUACCACAGUAAUCAACCAGUGUUGUUUGCAUAAUGUUAGAGUCUUUAGGGGUCAUGUUCAGUUUAUCAUAUGCCCUUAGGGAUCACAAUAUGUUUGAGCAACUCUGUAUUUUUAGUUACUUAUUUGCAAGAUACUAUAGCAGCUAUGUGUCCCAUUUGUGAUAGUUGAGAUAUGGUAUGAAACCAAUUUCUUUUUUGAAAAAAAGGGUUAAGAGCUCAAUAUUUCAAGGUUGUGCUGCGUGAAGAUACAUAGGUCUAA